AGGGCGUCUCUACUGCUCCGCGACUCUCUGGGCGCUCCAUGGGUGCCGCGGAAGCCACUCUGGGCUGGGCGCUUCCGGCACUCGAUGGUCAGGCUGGGCCGCCCCGCGCAGGCGCAGGGGUAAGGUUUCCCGGCUGCUGGCCGGGGCUGCAUGUGAGCGCUGGGCGCGGUGACCGGCCAUGCCGAAGGCGGGGAAGCAGCGGCCGCCGCAGGAAGAGUGGAUCGGGGAUGGGGAGCAGAAGGUCGGGGAGGCCACAGACAAAGUGGUGAAGAAAGGCAAGAAGGACAAAAAGACUAAGAAGUCGUUCUUUGAGGAGUUGGCCGUGGAGGAAAAACAAGUCAGUGAGCAGCAGGCUGUCAUUAAAGAGAAGGAGCAGCAGCAGCAACAGCUUCAACAACAGAAAAAGAAACGAGAAAAGAAGAAAGACAAGAAGAAGAAGGAGGUAGAGGAGGAUGAGGAAGAGCACCAGCUGAUUGAGAAGCUGAAGAAGCUGUCGGCUCCAGGCAGCGAUGAGGAUGAGGAAGCGACCGUUCCCGUCACCAAAGGUGGCAAGAAGAAGAAGGGAGGGAAUGUGUUUGCCGCCCUGAGCCAGGAGCAGAGUGAGGAAGAAGAGGAGGAAGAAGAGACUCCAAGACCUGCCAAACUCAACAAGAACAAGAUCAACAAGGCCCCACCUGAUGAUGAAGAGGAGAAGCAGCCAGGGAAGAAGUUGACAAAGGACGACAAGCCAAAGGGAAAACAGCAGGAAGAAGAGGACGAUAAAAAGAGGAAGAGCAGGAAAAACGAGAAGACCAAAGGGAAGCAGCAGGCAGGGGGAUCAGGCUUUGCUGUUCUGGCCCAGAGCGAGGAAGAAGAGGAGAGUGAAGAGGAAUCCAAACCCAAAGGCAAAGCAAGCAAGACUGUGAAUAAACAGACAGGGUCUGGUGAAGCCGGGAAAAAAACAAAAGGAAAAAAGAAUCAACCAGCCCACAAUAAAUUUGCUGCUCUGGAGUCCGAGGAGGAGGAGUUGGAGGAAGACGAGGAGGAGCCAGAGAAGAGCAAGGAGAAGCCGAAGCGAGGCAGCGAGCCCCAGUCAGAGGAGGAUGAGGAGGAUGAGGGGGAGAAGAAGGACGACGACCCCUAUGCUCAUCUCAGCAAGAAAGAGAGAAAGAAACUCAAGAAGCAGCUGGAGUUUGAGCGGCAGGUGGCAACGCUGAAGGCGGCCAACGCGGCGGCGAACGACUUCUCGGUGUCACAGGCGGAGAUGUCCUCGCGCCAGGCCAUGCUGGAGAAUGCCUCCGACAUCAAGCUGGAGAAAUUCAGCAUCUCCGCUCACGGCAAGGAGCUCUUCGUCAACGCAGACCUUUACAUCGUGGCUGGGCGCCGGUACGGCCUGGUGGGACCCAAUGGGAAGGGCAAAACCACCUUGCUGAAGCACAUCGCAAACCGGGCCCUGAGCAUCCCCCCUAACAUUGACGUGCUGCUGUGCGAGCAAGAGGUGAUAGCAGAUGAGACCCCCGCAGUCCAGGCGGUGCUCAAGGCCGACACCAAGCGGCUGAAGCUGCUGGCGGAGGAGAAGCGGCUGCAGGCUCUGCUGGAGAAAGGGGACGACAGCGUGGCUGAGCAGCUGGAAAAGGUGUACGAGGAGCUCCGGGCCACGGGGGCGGCCGCGGCGGAGGCCAAAGCCCGGCGCAUCCUGGCUGGUCUGGGCUUCAACCCUGAGAUGCAGAACCGGCAGACCAAGAAGUUCUCGGGUGGCUGGCGCAUGAGGGUGUCUCUGGCCAGGGCCUUGUUCAUGGAGCCGACGCUGCUGAUGCUGGACGAACCCACCAACCACCUGGAUCUCAACGCCGUCAUCUGGCUCAACAACUACCUGCAGAUGUGGAAGAAAACUCUCCUCAUCGUCUCCCACGACCAGGGCUUCCUGGACGACGUCUGCACUGACAUCAUCCACCUGGACAUGCAAAAACUCUUCUACUACCGGGGCAACUACAUGACCUUCAAGAAGAUGUACCAGCAGAAGCAGAAAGAGCUGCUCAAACAGUACGAGAAACAGGAGAAGAAACUGAAAGACCUCAAGGCUGGCGGGAAGUCGACGAAACAGGCGGAGAAGCAAACCAAAGAGGCCCUGACGCGAAAGCAGCAGAAAUGCCGCAAGAAGAACCUGGAUGAAGAGGCUAACGAGGCCCCCGAGCUGCUGAAGAGGCCCAGGGAGUACACGGUGAAAUUCACCUUCCCCAACCCGCCGUCACUCAGCCCCCCGAUUCUGGGCCUGCACGGUGUUGUGUUUGGCUACGAGGGACAGCAGCUGCUAUUCAAGAGUCUGGAUUUUGGGAUCGACAUGGAGUCUAGAAUCUGCAUCGUGGGGCCGAACGGCGUAGGGAAGAGCACACUGCUGCUGUUGCUGACGGGGAAGCUCACGCCGACAAGAGGGGAGAUGAGGAAAAACCACAGACUAAAAAUCGGCUUCUUUAACCAGCAAUACGCCGACCAGCUGAACAUGCAAGAGACGGCGACCGAGUACUUGCAGCGCAACUUCAACCUGCCCUACCAGGACGCCCGCAAGUGCCUGGGGCGCUUCGGCCUCGAGAGCCACGCCCACACCAUCCAGAUCUGCAAGCUCUCUGGAGGCCAGAAGGCUCGCGUGGUGUUUGCCGAGCUGGCCUGCAGGGAGCCCGACGUCCUCAUUCUGGACGAACCUACCAAUAACCUGGACAUCGAGUCCAUCGACGCCCUGGCUGAUGCCAUCAAUGAGUACAAAGGGGCCGUCAUCAUUGUGAGCCACGACGCCCGGCUGAUCACAGAGACCAAUUGCCAGCUGUGGGUGGUGGAGGAGCAGAGCGUUGAGCAGAUUGACGGCGACUUCGACGACUACAAGCGCGAGGUGCUGGAGGCCCUGGGCGAGGUCAUCAUCAACCGGCCCCGCGAGUGAGUUGGGGGCGGGGCCUCCUGAAGCUCCUCCCCCCCCAUGAUGGACUCUCCGUUCACCCGCCUGCCCCUUUGUAGCAGGACUUUUGUGCAGCUGGAUAGCAAAGGAGGCGUGGCUACAAUGAUGGGGUGGGGCUCAGCUUUGGGGGUAGGGCUAAAGAGAUGGAAGUGGGGCUAAACCUGUGAAGGUGGGGGUGUUUUUUUGCCACCCCCAUUCCUUUCUGGGAAGGGCCACCGGUUAUUUAUAUGAAGGGGCGGGGGGAGUUUGUAUUGGAACGGUCUAUUCUGGGCCAGGUGGGGAGGGGACUGUGCCAUUGCUGGACUCUUCUCACCCCCCCCAGCUGCUCCGAGGAUGCUUCGAGCCUUGUUCUGCUUCCGUUUGACAGGAUUCAAUUAAAACAGGAAGUCAAAAA